UGUGCGCCACCCCGUUCAGCCUACUUAAACAAACCGUUACACCUGCAUCUCACUGGUUAUUUCUCUCUCACACUCAACAGAAGCUCUUGAGUUGUGCAGAAAUGGCUUUGGUAGAUAAGGCAUGUGUAACGAAAUGCAAAGACUCCGAUUCCAAUUUCUCUGAAAUAAUUGAGCUAAAUGUAGGAGGGCAGGUUUACGUUACUCGACACACGACUUUAACCGCAGUUCCAGACACGCUGCUUUGGAACAUGUUUAGCCAGAAAACACCCAAGGAUCUUGCUCGAGACAGCAAAGGGCGAUACUUUCUGGACAGAGAUGGCUUUCUGUUCCGUUACAUUUUAGAUUACCUGCGGGACCUUAACCUUGUUUUGCCGGAUUACUUUCCGGAAAAAAGCAGGCUGCAGAGGGAAGCGGAGUUUUUCCAGCUUCAUGAUCUCUCCAAGCACCUGUGCCCGAAAGUGUGCAAGGAAGACUCCAUCGGUGAGGACAUUUCUCAGGGCGACCCGGAGGAGCCUGCGUUUCUGAGCUCAGCUGGGGGAUCCAUCACAAGCAUGGAAACGUUACGCCUGGCGCCGUCGAUCCGAAGCGCAAACCUUCGCUCUCCGUCCCUGGAGUCUCGAAGAUCAGGCUACAUCACCAUUGGAUACAGGGGCUCAUAUACAAUUGGAAGAGACAUUCAGACCGAUGCUAAAUUCAGGAGGGUAGCCAGGAUUACUGUGUGUGGGAAGACGUCCCUUGCAAAGGAAGUUUUUGGAGAUACCCUGAACGAGAGCAGGGACCCGGACAGACCCCCGGAGAGGUACACGUCCAGAUAUUACUUAAAGUUCAAUUUCCUGGAGCAAGCUUUCGAUAAACUGACCGAGGUCGGUUUCCACAUGGUAGCUUGCAGCUCCACGGGUACUUGCGCUUUCGCCAACAAUGAUCCCAGUGAGGACAAAGUCUGGACCAGCUAUACUGAGUAUGUGUUCUGUCGAGAGUAAUUUAUUGGAAGCCGAAUCACAGCUGUUGGUUGCAAAGAAACCCAGCCGGAAAACUUGUUUAUUGUCUUCUUGAAUAGCUGUAUAUGAUUAGCGUACACUGUGUGGCACCAUUAUCGCGUGAGCAUACAUCUAGCAUACCGGGAAUAUUAUCAAAAAUAGCUAGUUUCAUAAAUAGUUUCAAAACUUUUUUAAACAUUCGAAAACCGUUUUUUUUUGUUGCGCUUGAAACCAAUGUAAGGUUCGCACAUCCGAGUUUAGGCAUAUCAUAAAUAUCAGAAUGGUUUAAGUUCUGUGCUUUGCAUUAACUUUCAUUGUUUUAAAUUGACAUGAGAAAUAAAGCGAGUGAGGGUCAUAUUCACACCAAUUUCAUAUGAGCUUUAUUGCUAACAUUUGACGAUUUAGUAUGUCUCCCUCUACAACAGUUUGUAUUUUAAAUGUUGUAACAUAAGGAGUAGGCCUACUUUACUUGUAAGCGUACAAAAACAUUCAUAUGUGAUCUAAAUUAGGCGUCUCCAGGCGAUUAGAUGGUAUUUUAUUUUGGGGUUUGAGAAAAAAAGCCUACACCCUCACGGGCCUUUGUCGGAUAAGACUGGGUAUCCCUGCCCAAAAUAAGCAGCGAUAGCCACUCAUAUUGUAUGGUUUGGCUGAUUAGAGUGUGACGUGAACAAGCCAUAGACAGGUACACCUAAAGUAGUAGCUAUAGUUUACAGGCAGCUCUGUGUGGAACCCACACGCAUGCUAUUUUCUCCUUUUAAAAAUGAAAUGUUGUUCGACCAUAUUAACCAUUUAACAUUUUAGGUUACUACUGUAUGUAUAACAAUUUAUUCAUUUAUGUGUUGGAAUGCAGUUGUUCAACAUUGUAUGCAUUCGAACAAUAUAUGAAAUAAAGUCUUUUUUUUGUUUUCUUUGUGAAAAUUAUUAAAGUUUUUGUAACAGUAUCAGUAAUAUUAAAUGACAUAUUUUAUUUC